UAGUAGUAUCAUGCUUAUUCUCUGAAAUUGCUGAGGUGCUGAGGCGGGGUAACAACGCGGCACUUCUGGCCCCCAAAUACGAUUUCCCUAUCUUUUGUUGCCAGCCCCGUCAAUGCUUGAGUUCUAUCCAACCCAUUGCUGCAGUGAAAAUGGCAUUUGCCAAUACAUUAGAGCAAAAUGAGAAAUUCCAAUCUAUCUUUGCCCGCGAAGCUGAUAAGAGACGAAAUCUGGCUGGCGUCAAGAAAGCCGCCUCUCACGGGAACGGGAAACAUGAGGUGCCAACACCAGGUCUUCUUCGCCGAAUGACGACAAACAUACCCAGGCCGGGGGACUUGGUACUGCCUAGGGAGAGUCCUCGAAAGGGAUAUAUUGCGCCUUUGUAUCCAAACACCUUCUCAAUUGAAGCUACAGCCCGAGAAAGGUCGACUUCUGACGACGAAGAGCUUGUCCUACUAGCGAUCAAAAGCACAAACCUAGCUCGCAAAGCCAAAGAUCCUGCGACUCUGAGAUGGAUGCACCUCCCUCAUGAAGGGAUUGAAUUCGAGGCGUUUCUGAGGAGCGCUCUGGAAGCAUACGGGCUCGAUAAGCAGGCAGAGGCCAUUGCUGUGUCCCAGUUCCUCGAUCAAAUUGUAGCCUAUUUGGAAAAAUCCUCGUUCCAAGGCAAACGCUUUCGGGUGAAACAUACAUCCAAAUGGUUGAAAAUACCAGGCCUUUCAAAAGAGAUUCAAACCAAUUUAAUUACGAUGCCCUACUUUUGGCUCGGAAAGACACCAGAAAGAGGGAAUAGACCACACAGUUCCAAGGUUCACUGGAUUCAGCCUCUUGUCCAAUCUGCCUACCAUCUAGACUCAUCCAUACCUCGCGAAAACCAACAAGCAAUUAGAUGUUUGUACGACCAUAUAACUGAUGUUAUUCAUGUGCCACAGCUCUGGAUUCUUACCAUUGAUGAUAACUUUAUCGCUACAUGCUCACCCACAGCCAUAUAUGAUAACCAGAGCUCAUCAAUUGUCACAUGUGCAGCUGGAAAGCACCCGUUCCCCACAACAAUCCGCGUAACUUUGAGCUCUGGCUUCGUCUUCUGUCUAAGGCGUGAUCAGUGUGAGGUGUGGAGUUUCAAAAUCGAGUGAAUUGUGUUGUCGAAGAGUACCAGACUUCUCCCAUCACCUUUAUAAAUUGGGUAUAUAAGCUCCAGAAAGAUGGGAGUGUUAUUGAAGGAAUCCG